CCAAGGAAACAACAGAGAUGGGACCAAGCAGCAAAGUCUUCGUUGCUCCAUUUCUUUCAUUUGUCCAUAUAUCACCGUCAACCGUUCAUAUAUACUACUACAAAUGCACUUUGUGGUGCAAUGACCUGAACAUAGCAUCAUCCCCCAAUAGGUUCUUGGUGAUGCAAGUGAAGGAAUUCAAGCAGGUAGAUGAGAGUAGAAGAUGGUGAGGAAGAGAAGAGGCCUUGUAGCGGUAGAGGCCAAGACCAGCAGCUGGGAUGAGGCUGCGAUGGAAGCGGCUGCCUCUGGGGGUGCUCGCCGUCCCCAGAAGCGCUUUGUUGGGGUACGACAGCGGCCUUCAGGACGGUGGGUGGCGGAGAUCAAGGACACAGUCCAGAAGAUAAGGGUGUGGCUUGGUACGUUCGACACGGCCGAGGAUGCCGCUCGGGCCUACGAUGAGGCUGCCUGCCUGCUUCGGGGGGCCAGCACUCGUACCAACUUCUGGCCAUGCUCUCCGGUGUUGCACCGCUUGCCGCCGGCCCUGCCAUCCAAGGUUUACGGCCUCCUCCUCGCGAGGCUCAAAGCCAGUAAUUCUCUUGCUGCUGACGGUGCUACUGUUCCAUUGCCUGAAAACCAGCAGCUACCACAGCAGCAGCAGCAGCAGCAGGAGCAGUGUGGCGAUGAAGGACUAGAUGACAUCGAUGACUUCCAAUUCGCCGACUUCUUGGAUGAUCCAAACGUAUCAGAUUCUAUUCUUACAAAUGAUACCAGGUUUCAUGAUGAUGUAUGCAAGAGUGUGCAAUCUAAUUGCACCAGGGAGGAAGAGCAAGGGGGGAGGGAAUUGGACCAGAAUAUAGUGAUGGUGGGUCAAGUUGGUACCGAGGUAGAAGGUGAGGAGGGUGGGGUAGGAGAGGAGGGAGGAAUGGGAGAUUUGGAAGCUAUGGAUUUCCGAUUCGUGGAUUCCUUGGAGGGGUCUUCUUGCCUCUACUCGCCAUUUGAGGUUGUGGAGGAGAUCAUGGAGCCAAUCGAACAGGUGAGUGGCGCCGGAGAUGAGAAGUGGAUGUUUGCAUCCCCAAUGAAGAGGAUGAAAUAUGAGAGGAGGAUCUCUGCGUCUCUCUAUGCUAUCAGUGGUAUAUCGGAGUGCUUGAAUCUUAGGCUUCGAGGCAGUAAGGAAGAAGGAAGAGGAGUUGAUGACUCCACCAGCCUUGGCUUUGCAUGUGAGGAACAUAAAGGAGAUGAGGCAAAGAAGGUAGGGGAAGGUCUUGGAGAAUUCACAACACCAGGCCAGUUAGCAUCUUCAUCCUCUACUUCGAGUAAUGAUAGUUAUAAACUGUAUCACCUCAGCAGUUCAGGAUCAAAGGUCCACUCAUCCCCUCAUGACGGAUAUUUGGAGACCCAAGUCAAGUAUGAUUUCAUAUAUUGUUAA